GAUAUAAGUGAGUGUUAUUUGACUAAAUACACCGUACGAUAUACUAACCGCCAGCAUUUAACAAAGACAGUGUUAUAAGCGAAAAGGCGUGGCUAUCUAGGGAACAUGAUUACUUUACACUCGCGGUCAAAUAAUUUAACCAGUUCCAAUCUACCGUCGAAAGUGAAGCAUUGCUUUGUUAUCAGGUGUCUGAUGAUAAUCUGAAAUAAAUAAAUGAUACAGUCAACAAUCUCGAGUAAAAAACGAGUAUGUCGAACCAAAUAUCCAAAAUAUGGGGCCAGAUGUUGCCUGUUUUAGUGGACCCUACUUUGACUACUCGGAAUUUUACAUAACGUUCAGGGCUGUGUAUGUGCUAGGAAGAUAAGAUAGAUACACUAUUCCAUACUUCAAAGAUUUUCGAACGGAAACAAAGCAUACUUGAUGGACGGACAAUUUACAUUAAAGUAAUCACAAAUAGUGCAGAAAAUGUGUUUAACAAGAAACAUAACGUAACAGCUUCGCGUAGUGUACUGUGAUGAAAUUUAAAGUAUUGCACCAUGAGUGAUUAAGAAUAUUGAAUUAUUCAUUAAGUUGUUGAUUUGCUUAGGAGGGGCGUUCGGAUUCAAACUUCGUUUGUUCAAGUAUAAUUUCUGAUCACGUGUCAGACUCUUAUUAUGACAAACCUGUACUGCUGGUUUAUCGACGACUGGGUAAAGGGAUACGUUCAAAUGGUUCAAAUGGUUGUGGACGGAAUAGAAGAAGCUUUCGCUUAACAGGCUUCCGUGUCUAGUAGCAGGGGAUCACGAAAUCCUCCAGGCAGGAACCUAGGUAUGUUAACAAUAAAAGAGGAAAAGAAAUUGGUAAAUCAUAGUGUGAUGCUGUCCUUGGUCCUUAAGAAUAGGUCAAGUUGCCUCUUGAAGGACUCCUGAGAAGUCGCUUGAACUAGCUCGGCCGGCAGCGAAUUUCAGCUUUUGACAACUCUUAAGGAGUAGAAGUUGUGUCUACAUUCCGUUUUGCUAUGUUGUGUUUCCAGUUUCUGGGUGUUACCCCUUAGGUUAUUAUUCGAACUAAGCUUAAGUAGGUGUUUAAGAGGAUGUCCAGAAGUGUUAAGAAUACUAUAAGCCAUUAAUAAAUCACCUCUAAGACGCCUAUAUUCUAGUGGGUAAAGGUCUAGUGAACGGAGGCGUUCUUCGUAAGGCUUAGAUUUGAGUCCUCGAACUGAUUUCGUGGCUCGCCGUUGGAUACGCUCCAAAGUGACCUUGUCCUUUUGGAGUGAGGGGGGAGUACUAUGUUUCCGUACUCUAAAUGGGGACGGAUGAAACUAUUGAAGAUUGUGUGGAAAGUUCUUCCGUCAAACUGGCCAAAAAUGUGCCUCAACGUUACCAGUGCAAGGUUUGCUCGGAAGGCAUUUUUGUCACAGUUAGCGUAAGACUUUAAGUCAUGGGGCACCAGGACUCCUAAAUCUUUUUCGACUUGGGAUACUACUAGAGAGGAGUUUCCUAAGUUGUAACUGUAGUUUGCGACAUGUCGCAGAUGGACUACUUUACACUUUGAAGUGUUAAAGGUAAGUCCGUUAUCGUCUGCCCAACUUUGAAGUCGCGUCAGAUCCUCUUGAAGUGCCUGUGUAUCGUCUUGGUUGCGUAUCUCUCUCCAAAGUUUCACGUCGUCGGCAAAAAGUAAUAAGUCUGACGUUACCUGUUGAGGAAGAUCAUUUAUGUAGAUCAAGAAGAGAAGAGGCCCUAAUACUGAGCCCUGGGGGACCCCACUAGGACAUUCCAUAGCUUGAGAUAAAGUGAAAUUAACCCUAACCUUAAAGUGUCGAUUUUUUAGGUAUGAAGUAAGCCAGUCGAUUAGAGGUGGUUUGAUACCUAGUCGUUUGAGCUUGUUGAUAAGACACAAGUGGUUAACCUUAUCAAAAGCUUUUGAGAAAUCAAGGUAAAUGACAUCAACCUUUCCCUUGCGAUCGAGGAUGCUUGUCCAUCUGUCCACCGCAGUCAGCAGGUUGGUUAUACAAGAGUAACCCUUCCUGAAACCAUGCUGUUGGGGUGAGAAGAAAUUUAAGGACAGUAGAUAGUCAUUUAAACCGUCGCAUAUCAGGGACUCCAUGAGUUUUGAAGGUAAUGACAGAAGAGCUACCGGCCGAUAACUUGAAGGUUCAUUGCGUCGACCACCUUUGAAAAUUGGUGUGAUGUGAGCCAACUUCCAAUUUUCCGGUAAUUUGCCUCGGCUAAGCGAGUGUGAAAACAUCACGCUAAGCGGCGUUGCCAGGAUUGAGGCUGCCUCCCUCAGUAUGGCAGGAUGAACCAUAUCCGGGCCAGGAGAAGUGUCAAGUCUUAAGUGCUGCAGUUUCCGGAACACCAAGUCAGCGCUUAGGUCCACUUCAGAAAGUCCUGUGGAAUUGCAGAUGAAACUGUCGUCAAUAAAGUUGAUGUCAGCCGGUUGAAAUGUUUGAGAGUAAUGUGCCGCCAGAAGGUUAGCGGCGUCGCCAUCAUUGUUGGUCGGGCCGUUAAGACCUAGCAGUUGAGAAACUCCUGUUUUGGCUUGACGAAGAGAGGCUGCGUAACGGAAUAGGCUUCUAGGGUUAGAGGCGAAUUUGUCCAUAAGCUUUGUUUGGUACUGAAGCCUGUCUUCUCUUAUAGCCUUCGUGCAUAUGUUCCUGAUAUGUUUAUAUUGCCUAUACGCUCCAUCGUUAUUAGUUCGUUUGUAUUCCGCCCAACAGUGCCUUUUGCGGCUUAGCAGGCGAAGGGUACGGUUCUUGAUUACUGUAGGUGGCUUGCAGCUUUUGGGAACCGUUUGAGGAACUGAAUGGUCUGUAGCACAUAAGAGCGUGUGCAGUAAGAAGUCCCAAUGACCAUCCACAUCGAGUUGAGGGUGAACAUCCCAAACCACCUGUUGUAGAUAGUCAUGUAGAGCUGGCACAUUCAGCCGUUUAAAAUUCCAACGCAAAUUAUUGUUGGGAUACCUUAGCUUAGUUUUGAUGACAAAACUGAAGGCUAUGACGGCAUGAUCGCUCUUUCCCAGAGGAGCCAGGAUUGAGAGGUUGUCGACUAGGAAUUCUUCGUUUGUGAAUACACAGUCUAAGCGCGAUGGUGUCUGACUGUUUCUCCAACGAGUUGCCGACCUCACAUUUUCAUAUAAGCCCAAGUCAUCGAUGAGGUUGAAGAACCGAGCUUCAGUUGAGUUGUCGCCUCCAGUGUACGUGUGUUCCGCGAAAUUGACUCUAGGGAGAUUAAAGUCCCCUAGAAUCAGGAUGUGUGUGAAACCGAGACGGAUAGAGAGGGAUAGUCCUUCCAGCAUACGACUAUCGUACUCGAUGUUGGCAGUUGGCUUCCUGUAAAUGACUCCGACUAGACACCUCGAAGUACUUGACAAUCUAACAGAGCACCAUAUGGAUUCCUCAAGAUUGUUAAACUCGAGGUUGUGAACUUGGUGCACCUCCAAGCAAGAGCUUAUGUAUAUGGCUACUCCGCCCCCAAUUCCUAUUUUUCUGUCGUUGCGGAACAAAGUCAUCCCAGGUAAUGCUAACUCUUGGUCCGAGAACUGAGAAGAUAUCCAGGUUUCAGAUAUUCCUAUCAGAUGGGCCUUAUUAGCGUUGCUAAGUUCACGUAGUUCAUCCAGUUUGUUUGGUAGACUCGCGGCGUUCAUAUAUAAGCAGUUUAUGCUUUCAAUUUGGAACGCGUGAGCUUCGUCCUGUUUUUCUGUAUGAACCUUAUGUGAAUGGACAGGUAGCCCACCUAUAUGAGGUUUGCCGAGGUGGUAGGCCCUGUCCUUUACACGUUUUUUUAUCGUUUAGACAGUCCACAAGUGGAAUGGUCAGCUCCAGCUUGCCUUUGUUCUUGGUCCUGACUUCGUAUGGCCUAUCCGGGUGCAUGUGGAUUCCAGGUGGCAAUCGACGUCUAUUAGCACGAAAUGCUUCCAGAACUGCAGCCGCCAUGUGGGAAGAUGGGAAGGUUAUCUUCAUUAGACGGGGUCUAAGAUCACCGUCCUUCUUGGCUAGUCUCGUCACAUGCUGAGUCAGUAUGUGUUUGAGCCUCAAGGACUGUUUGAUGAAUUUCCAUUCCCUGAUGUCAGAAUUUGAUUGAGUAGGGUCUGCAUUUUCCGGUAUACCUUGGACAAUUAUGUUUCUUCCGCGGAAAAACUUCUCGCGAGAUUCUUUAGGGACGUUUCGUAUGAUAUUGCGCUCAGAGUACGGUAUGUCGGGCAAUAUUCUUACGUUACCAUCUGAUUUCAGUAAGUGACUUGCUAGCAAGACGUCCUCUACGUCGGUAGCAUUCUUAAGUGUUACUCGGAGAAGCCUCGGGUGAUUUAGAUGCUUAGAAUCCUUUCCUCGAGUGAGCCGGGUGACCGUCAAAGGCUCUAUUCUAGGAAGUUCGAGCUUCUUGUUCAAUUCACCCCACAGCAUCCUGUCGUUUUUAUCCUGCAGACUGAGAGGAAGGUCAGGAUUGUCGACGAGGUUCAUGAUAAUGAGAGAAUCGUCACGAACUGUUGUUAAUUUACCAGGUUUCACGAUGGGUUCAGGUUUAAUAACUUGUUGUUUGGAGGUCAGUGUGCGUUUAUGAAUCUUGGGCUCUUUAUUGACCGGACGAACAGUCUUGGGGGUAGACUGUGCGACUAAAUCACCAGUUAUUUUCCGUGCAGCAACACUUGGGUUGCUCGGCUUAGGCGGUGAUGCCUGGUUCUUUUGGGCUCUCUUAACGUGGGUCGAAUCACCUGCAGGGUUUUUGGGAACCACUGUUGUGUUCAGGGACCCUGAGCUGGGAGACCCGAGUUUGCCUAGGGAGUCUAGUACCGUCGACGUAAUGAUGGUACUGAGCCUCGACACGUCGUCAUUAGUGUUGAUGGAUGCUCCAUCGAUGGUAUACCUAUCGACAUCCCUAUUUUUGAGUCCGUUGCGCGCUCUUGUUUGUAUAUCGGUUUUUUUACUAUCGUAUUCCAAGUUAACUGACAGCUUGUUCCGAAGACCUGUCAGUAGGACAAUGAUGUUACUCAGCAAGACUACUGCGUCCGUGCUGCACGUGACACAUACCCACUUUUGGUCUGACUUGCUGAGUCUGUUGUAAGCAGUUGCUGUCAGAUUUGUGCAUGCUUCGUGGAACCAACCUUUGCAGUUGUCGCACUGCAUGCCAGUUGUGACAGCAAAACGGCAUCCCGGACGUUUGCAUGAGUUUUUCAUGACGGUGUUGAAGCAAACUAUGUUAUAGAUGCUUGCAAGAGCCUAAGACCUUUUUAAAAAAACACUAAAAUGCACACUGAAAACGGACAAAAAUGGACAAAACGAGUGAUAUAAACUGAAACUAGUCUAUACGUGAAAAACAAAAAAAACCGAAUAGUAAGCUGAGGCAAAACCACAGGUAACUAUUAAAUAUAGUGAAACUCAAAAAAAAGUAAUCUACCGAACGUAUAGCUCAGGAUAGAUUCUUUAGAACUGAAAUGGUACUUUUGUUGCGUAAGAACACAGCAAAAGUUUGAUAUAUGCAAAUCACGUUAGGACUAAACUUCCCGUUCGAAAAGCGCGCGUGUACGAGUAGAGGUUAUCAAAUUACUCUCGAAGUUAGAAACGCAAAACGUAAAACAAACCAACGAUAAAUACUGCAUAUGAGAAUCGAGUUUCAUUAAAUCAACGGGAAUCAUCCUUCAUUAUUUGUAAUGAACAGUCAUUCGAUAUUAACCCAACCUCCCGAUUUUGUGAUUUCCAAAAGGCCAAUGACGAUAGGCAGUUCCCCCACAAGUGUGGGGAAAUCCACAAAAUCCUGCAGAAGUAUUGAGGGUUUCCCCAAAACUUUCAGGAAUUUCCCGAAAUAGGGAGAUAUUUCCCCAUUAUGAAACACCUACUUAUUGAGAAGUCAAAGUACCAUUAAAUAGGAUUAAACUUUGCCGGAAAGAGUCUACAUGUAUGUGCAAACUUCCAUGUGUUUGUGCAGAAAAUUUCAUGCUGAAAUAAACAAAUAUAAUUGAAUAAAGCCAUUACUAAAGUCAAAGAUCUAUAAGUUGUCAAUAUUUAGGACAAUAACAAACGCCUAGCGAAGUAUAAAAAAUAUUCUUCAAAUUGAGUUACUUGGAAAUAUAAUAUUCUACAUGUCUACAACUAGAAUAAUGUAGCUGAAUACUGAAAAUGAUUUAACCUUCAAGUAUCGUUUCAAUCCAAGCAUUCCGCCGCU